UGUCUCCUUGGUGCUGGUGGAGAACAAAACCGGGAAGGAACAAAGCAGAAUGAUCUGGCAUGUUGCCACCACGGAAGGCUUGAGCCUGUGGCAGUGGACGGCGCUGCCUCUCCUUGAUGUGGCCGACAGGUUCUGGUUGCAGAUCGUUGCCUGGUGGGAACAAGGAUCCAGAGCCACCGUGGCUUUCAACAAUAUCUCCAUCAGCCUGGACUGCUACCUCACCAUUGGUGGGGAGGACAAAAUGCUGCAGAAUAUGGCACCCAAGUCAAGAAAUCUGUUUGAGGGAAACCCAAACAAGGAGACAAAACCCUGGGAAAGCACACCAAAAGAGAACCCCGUCUUUGACCCUACAGUUCACUGGCUGUUCACCACAUGCGGGGCCAGUGGGCCCCACGGCCCGACGCAGGCCCAGUGCAACAAUGCCUACCGGAACUCCAACCUGAGCGUGGUGGUGGGGAGCGAGGGCCCCCUGAAGGGCAUCCAGACCUGGAAGGUGCCAGCCACCGACACCUACAGCAUAUCAGGCUACGGAGCCGCUGGCGGGAAAGGCGGGAAGAACACGAUGAUGCGAUCCCACGGCGUGUCUGUGCUGGGCAUCUUCAACCUGGAGAAGGACGACGUGCUGUACAUCCUGGUCGGGCAGCAGGGGGAAGAUGCCUGCCCCAGUACAAACCAACUAAUCCAGAAAGUCUGCAUUGGAGAGAACAACGUGAUAGAAGAAGAAAUCCGCGUGAACAAAAGUGUGCACGAGUGGGCAGGAGGGGGCGGCGGAGGGGGCGGAGCCACCUACGUAUUUAAGAUGAAGGAUGGAGUGCCAGUGCCCCUGAUCAUUGCGGCCGGCGGUGGCGGCAGGGCCUACGGAGCCAAGACAGACACGUUCCACCCAGAGAGACUGGAGAAUAACUCCUCAGUUCUAGGGCUGAAUGGCAAUUCCGGAGCCGCAGGUGGCGGAGGUGGCUGGAAUGAUAACACUUCCUUGCUCUGGUCUGGAAAGUCUUUGCUGGAAGGUGCCACCGGAGGACAUUCCUGCCCCCAGGCCGUGAAGAAGUGGGGGUGGGAGACCAGAGGGGGUUUCGGAGGGGGUGGAGGGGGGUGCUCCUCAGGUGGAGGAGGCGGAGGAUAUAUAGGUGGCAAUGCUGCCUCAAACAAUGACCCCGAGAUGGACGGAGAGGAUGGGGUUUCCUUCAUCAAUCCACUGGGCAUCCUGUACACCCCGGCUUUAAAAGUGAUGGAGGGCCACGGGGAAGUGAAUAUUAAGCAUUACCUGAACUGCAGCCACUGUGAGGUAGAUGAGUGCCACAUGGACCCCGAGAGCCACAGGGUCAUCUGCUUCUGUGACCACGGGACAGUGCUGGCCGAGGACGGCGUCUCUUGCAUAGUGUCGCCCACCCCGGAGCCCCACCUGCCAAUCUCGCUGAUCCUCUCCGUUGUGACCUCUGCCCUCGUGGCCGCCCUCGUCCUGGCUUUCUCCGGCAUCAUGAUCGUGUACCGCCGGAAGCACCAGGAGCUGCAAGCCAUGCAGAUGGAGCUGCAGAGCCCCGAGUACAAGCUGAGCAAGCUCCGCACCUCCACCAUCAUGACCGACUACAACCCCAACUACUGUUUUGCCGGCAAAACCUCCUCCAUCAGUGACCUGAAGGAGGUGCCCAGAAAAAACAUCACACUCAUCCGGGGUCUGGGCCACGGCGCGUUUGGGGAGGUGUAUGAAGGUCAGGUGUCUGGAAUGCCCAGCGACCCGAGCCCCCUGCAAGUGGCUGUGAAGACGCUGCCUGAGGUGUGUUCCGAACAGGACGAACUGGAUUUCCUCAUGGAAGCCCUGAUCAUCAGCAAGUUCAACCACCAGAACAUCGUGCGCUGCAUCGGGGUGAGUCUGCAAGCCCUGCCCCGAUUUAUCCUGCUGGAGCUCAUGGCGGGAGGAGACCUCAAGUCCUUCCUCCGAGAGACGCGCCCUCGCCCGAAUCAGCCCUCCUCCCUGGCCAUGCUGGACCUCCUGCACGUGGCUCGGGACAUCGCCUGUGGCUGCCAGUAUCUAGAGGAAAAUCACUUCAUCCACCGGGACAUUGCUGCCAGGAACUGCCUCUUGACCUGUCCAGGCCCUGGAAGGGUGGCCAAGAUUGGAGACUUCGGAAUGGCUCGAGACAUCUACCGAGCGAGCUACUACCGAAAGGGAGGCUGUGCGAUGCUGCCGGUCAAAUGGAUGCCCCCGGAGGCCUUCAUGGAAGGAAUAUUUACUUCUAAAACAGACACGUGGUCCUUCGGAGUGCUUCUGUGGGAAAUCUUCUCUCUUGGAUACAUGCCGUACCCUAGCAAAAGCAACCAGGAGGUUCUGGAGUUUGUCACCAGUGGAGGACGGAUGGACCCACCUAAGAACUGCCCCGGGCCUGUAUACCGGAUAAUGACCCAGUGCUGGCAACAUCAGCCUGAAGACAGGCCCAACUUUGCCAUAAUCUUGGAGAGGAUUGAAUACUGCACCCAGGACCCAGAUGUGAUCAACACUGCUUUGCCCAUAGAAUACGGGCCCCUCGUGGAAGAGGAAGAGAAGGUGCCCAUGAGGCCGAAGGACCCUGAGGGAAUCCCUCCUCUGCUGGUCUCCGCUCCCCAGGCCAAGCGGGAGGAGGGCCGCGAGCCAGCCGCCCGCACGGCUCUGCCUUCCACCUCCUCAGGCAAAGCCGGCAAGAAGCCCGUGGCCGCAGAGGCCUCUGCCCGAGGCGCCAGGGCGCUGGCCGUGAAGGGGGGACACGUUAACAUGGCAUUCUCUCAGUCCAACCCGCCCUCGGAGCUGCACCAAGUCCAGGGGUCCAGAAACAAGCCCACCAGCCUAUGGAACCCAACUUACGGCUCCUGGUUUACAGAGAAACCCACCAAAAAGAGCAAUCCUCCGGCGAAGAAGGAGCAGCGCGAGAGGGGGAACCCGGGCGGCGAGGGCGGCCGUGCCAUCCCGCCCCCCGCGGCCGCCGGCCACCGUCCAAGCACCUCUCUGCUCCUCGAGCCGUCCUCGCUGACCACCAGCCUGAGGGACGUGCCCCUGUUCAGGCUGCGCCACUUCCCGUGCGGCACUGUCCACUACGGCUACCAGCAGCAGGGCUUCCCCCCGGAGGCCGCCGCCCCGGGCCCGGGCCGCUACGAGGACCCCGCGGCCAAGAGCCAGCCUGCGCCCUGAGCCCGAGCCGCAGCCCGAGGGCGGCGCGCGCCAGGUAACGGGCCCUCCGCAAGCCCCAGAGCAAACGUCACUUUUCAUUCUGUGCCAACUUUUUUGAAGUGGCACAUCACAAGCUGUAUUUUCAAACUGCUUCAAGAGGUUUUGAGCACGGGUUCAUCCUAGUCUUUCGAGAGGAGAAAAUCUCAUAAAGACGAAUGAUAAACACGAGGCCCGAAUGGGGCUGCGCAGGGUUUUGACGCACGGCUGGCGUCCACCUCUCCCUGUUUCUUUCCAAUCCUGUGCGCUCCACCUCCACGCACGCAGAACUAGCGCUCAUGUGUUUCCUAGUUGGAGUCAUAGAUGUUCCCUUACCUUGUUGAUGUGGGCAUGGACCACUUGAGGACAGAGGGAACAGAAAUAAGGGAGUUCUCUGCGGUGAGUCAGCGCGGGGUAAGACAUUCUUUACUUGGAAAAGAAAAAUCAUAGACAACUCGCUGAAACGUCACUGUGGAUGACGUUUGGAUGUUUUCAGUUGUGGUGAUUCAUCGACGACCGUAAAAAUGUGGUAAAUAGUUAUGGUAGUAGAGAGAAAAUGUGUAUACACUCAUCAUCUAAAUGAAAUGCAAACACUCAAAGUGCUUUGAGAUGACAAAACACGGGUACAGAUCGAGAGAUUCCAACAUCCAAUUAAUAUACCUCAUGCCUUAAGAGAACCCUCCUACUAAAAGUGAACAACUGAGUGUGAGGUUUCCUACUGGGUUGAAAACUCAAGAUUUAAAUUAUUAAUUACUUAUUUUAAAAGACUUUCCACUAAAAUAAACUCCGAUGAUUUAAAAAGAAAAAAAUUUAAGCAGCAGUGAUACAUGGAAGCAGAGAAACAUAUCCAUUCACGGGCAUUAGUGUCAAACCUUCCGACAGUUUCAAUCAUGAAGCUUCCCAAGUUGAAGUUUCUACUACUAGUGGUGGAUCAUUGGAGUAACAGGCCCUCCGACGGUCCUAAGAAGAGGUACGAAUACAGUAUCUAUCCUUCCUUCCUCGGGCUUCACCCGAGUUUUCGCUCCUUUAAUCAUGUGAUCCUAACAUACACGGAAACACAAAUUUGCUGAAAUACACAUAGCAUAAUCUGUAUACCUGUCAACUACAGGGUAAAAGAGAAUUUUUUCUCUGGGUGGCAAUGAGUAAAGGAACUAAGGAACACUUGGAGUGCUGAGGUUGGCAGUGACACAUUAGGAUGGGAGUUCUGAACUUGGUUUUCGCAGAUGAAAUUUAUCUCCAUGCAAAGGAGUUGGGAAUCUGUUAAACCUUACACAUGUACAUAUGCAGUGAUGCUUUAUCUCAUUCUUUCUUUCUGCUCCCCUUCGUUCUCUUGCCCAGUUUCUUUUCUGGUGGUAGCUGUGCCAAAACGUCACUUUGGGAGGAAAGCAUCUUUUAUCGCUUGUUAGGCACUAAGCAUUCCCAAGCGAAAGGACAGUGUUUAUCUACCUUUUCUCCUACCUUCUUAAUUUCACCUACAUCAGAAGUCUCACUCUGGGGCUUCCCUGGUGGCGCAGUGGUUGAGAGUCCGCCUGCCGAUGCAGGGGACGUGGGUUUGUGCCCCGGUCUGGGAGGAUCCCGCGUGCCACGGAGCGGCUGGGCCCAUGGGCCGUGGCCGCUGAGCCUGCGCGUCCGCAACCUGUGCUCCGCGGCUGGAGAGGCCACAACAGUGAGAGGCCACAACAGUACUGCAAAAAAAAAAAAGAAAACAAAAAGUCUCACUCUGGUUGUGGGAAAGCCACUCUGUUCUAAGCCAACACUAGACCAGUGAGUGUUGAUUCCUCCCAUGGCAGAGCCUUGCCCUAGUCAGUAGUUCUGCACAUCUCUAGAAGCACUGAUACCCUGGACCCACUUUUCCUUUAACUGCCAAAAAUAUUUUCAUCAGACACACAUGAAGAUGAACCAUCCAUGAACUCAUCUCUAAAUACCUGUUAUCAAUAAAGUUUUAGCUCAUGCCUGGUGCGAAGUCAAGUCUAAUUAUAUAAACAUUAGUCUAAUUCGUAAACCACCUGCAGGGGUGCAAGAAUCACACUUUGAAAAACACUCUCCUCAAAGGAUGACAGAGAGCUGUCAAAACUGAGAAGAACAAUUUCAUUUUACAUUUGUAACACCAGUAGCCAGUGAAACAGGGAGCAUGUUAUGUGGUUAAAUAGCCAACUCUUCCAUUAACAAGGAAAAACAUCUUAGCCCUUUCUCUUCUUAAAAACUACAGAUCCAUUACAUUUUCAGGUUGUGCCUUACUACCACUGAGAUUGA